CCGCUGCCCGCCGCGCGCACGCGCGGUGCGGGCGGGCGCGGGCCGGCGGCGGACGCGGCGUUCCCGGCUUGGGCAGCACGGAGCCGCGUCUCCCGGCGGACACGGAGCGAGAGCGGCCGGGCCGGGCGGCAUCGCGGAUUGCGGGGCUGCAGCGGGGGAUGCUGAGCGCGCCCCGGGGCCGGGAAGCCUGCGAGGAGACCCCGCCUGCCGCCCGCCGCAGCGUGGGCCCCGCAGCGCAGCGCGGCGGGAGAGAACCGCCCGCCCGAGCGAGUGUGGAAAAAUGGCAAAGAGAAUUGCAGAGAAGGAACUGACGGACCGAAACUGGGACCAGGAGGAUGAAGCUGAAGAGGUGGGAACAUUCUCAGUGGCGAGUGAGGAGGUCCUGAAGAACAGAGCAAUUAAAAAAGCGAAGCGCAGGAACGUUGGCUCAGAGUCUGAAAGUGGAGGAGCUUUUAAAGGGUUUAAAGGCUUUAUGUUGCCCUCUGGAAAAGGUGGAGGUGGCUUCAGUGGAUUUGGGAAUGGUGCAGGAGUGAAGCCUUUGGAAGGGCUGUCCAAUGGAAGCAGCAGUGUCUCGAGUACUCCUCCUUUCAGCAGUUUGAAGAGCACCUCUGAAACACAGUCAGCAUUUGGCGCCCCAGUGUCCAAUGGCCCCACUGCCCCUGUGUUUGCUGAUAAAAAGGUGGCGAGCCCGAGAGCCAACGGUGGCGGCCAGCCCUGCUCCUCCGGCAGUGCCGCGGGCGCAGCGCCCGCCUCGGGCGCCUACCACAAGCAGCUGGCAGCUCUCAACUGCUCCGUGCGGGACUGGAUCGUGAAGCACGUGAACAGCAACCCCCUGUGCGACCUGAGCCCCAUCUUCAGGGACUACGAGCAGUACCUGGCCAGCAUCGAGCAGCAGCACGCAGCCAGCAGCGACAGCGGCUCCGAGAACGAGAGCGCCAAGACCCCCGGCCCGCGCGCCGCCCCCGUCUUUGGGAGCUCAAAGCCUCAGCAAGGCCCCACGUUUUUGUUCAACAGCAAAACUGAGGACACCUCCGACAAAAAACCAGAAGCUGCGUCAGAAAAAAGAGACCCAUUGUUAGGAUCUACAUCAACUGUCUCGUUUAAUUUUGGCAAGAGCGUUGACAGUUCUGUUCUGGGUUCCCUUGGUUCAGGAACACUUAGUAAUUUCUCAUUUUCUCCUGGGAAUUCAGGUUUGUUUGGAAAAGAUGCAAACCAGGCUAAGUCUGUCGCUGCAGCAUCCACCAGUGUAUUGGAAGCUCAGACAGAUGGUGGCAAUAGCGAUGACAAAGGAGGGGAGGAGGAGGAAGAAGAGCCACCAAAAGUCAUUGUUAAUGAAAUAAAAGAAGAUGAUGCUUUCUACUCCAAGAAGUGCAAACUGUUCUACAAAAAGGAUAAUGAAUUUAAAGAAAAAGGUGUAGGAACAUUACAUUUAAAACCAGCAGGAAAUGAAAAAACUCAACUCUUAGUACGAGCAGAUACCAAUUUAGGAAAUAUACUGUUGAAUGUUCUAAUUCCACCCAAGAUGCCAUGCACAAGAACGGGAAAAAACAACGUCCUUAUAGUUUGUGUUCCUAAUCCACCCAUCGACGAGAAGAACCCAGCUGUCCCUGUCACUAUGCUAAUAAGAGUGAAAACAAGUGAGGAUGCAGAUGAGUUGCACAAAAUCUUACUGGAGAAAAAGGAGGCUUAAAGAAGUUGCAGUGGGUAAUUUGAGGAAUUAUUGCCAAACUGCUGCUGCUCUUUUUUUCUUCCCUAACUUCACUUGAACAUUUAAUUCUUUACUCUGAUAUUAAGAACUGUUAUAGGAAUUCUGGAAAAAUGAUGUGAGGAAAAGCUAAACUAGCUAAUAAAAGCUUUAAUAGAACACAA